AUUUCAUUCACAAUGUUUCGAGAUCCAUUCUGUAGAUUUUCAAUAUUUCGAAGAGUACAACCGUUGGUUCAAAACACAUUCCAUCUACUAUUCGCAUUUAUUUUAAUUAUAUUUUUAGUUACGUGCUAUUUUUCGGCUUCGAAUGAAAAUAAUGAAACAAUUAAACAAGGACGAGAUGCUGAUUCAAGUAGUCCAUCAGAAUACUUACCAUCAAUAGGGCAUUAUUUCACGCACACGACGGAAUUUAACAAGAAUAUUCACAAUGCCCCACUCAGCUUGCGAGAAAAUACACUUUUUGCUUUCAAUUCAUCAAACUGUCCUUACAAAGAGUGGAAUCAAAUCAGAACUGAUUCUAUCCCAAACGCCAACCGACAUGCGGAUUGGGCUAUCCAAAUUAAAAAACCUUCAAAGUACCUCUAUCAUACGUCAUUUGCGCUACUGGCAGCGUUUGCCCACAGAGACCAAAUAAUAGUUACAUUGACUUCUGAGAACCAGUUUAAGUUUGUUUUCAAAACAGUGUAUUGUCGAUAUUAUGAUUGUCAUCGAAAAGAAAUUUUCUAUCACUUUGAAAGCAAGGUAUUUCCACAAUCAACUGUUUUCUGUGCACGACGUCCUGGUGCAGAAUAUAUUUCAAUUUCUGAAAAACUGAAUGAAACACCUGAAUAUUCUGUUCCUAUUGUUCCCAGAUUAAAUAAGCCACCACACUAUUUCACAGUUUGUAUGGCGACACUUUAUGGAGAUGAACCAAAGUUUCUGCAAAUUGUAGAUUUCAUAGAAUAUUAUAAACUACAAGGAGCUACAUUUUUCCAUAUUUAUUUGAGAAAUGUUAGCAACUAUGAUAGAGUAUUGCUGGAUGAUUAUGUGCGAACUGGAGAUAUUGAAAUAAUUAAAAUGCACGAUCAUUUUUGGAGAGAUGAUUUUAUGUGGCACAAUGCACAGAUCAAUGAUUGCCAUCAUCGUAGCAAAUUUUUCUCAAAGUGGACUGCCUUGAUAGAUAUUGAUGAGAGAAUUGAAAUGAGGGAUGAAAAAUAUAAAACUAUUGUAAAUUAUUUAGACACCAUUAAAAAUUUACAAAUAGUGAACCUACAUUUCAAAGUUCAAUGGGUAAUAAAGCAGAACAAUACACCAGCAACAUACGUGAACGACAAGCAGAUAAUUGAUGAAAUGAACUUCCAUAAAUAUCAAAAUAUUUCUCAAGUGGGUGCCCUUUGGGAUCAACCUAAAUGUAUUAUCAGACCGGAAAAGAUUGCAAUAAUGACAAUACAUGUACCGAAAGCCGUUUAUUCAGGGGAACAAUUUACACCAGUAUCUGAAAAAAUUGGUGUUGUAAGGCAUUAUCGAAAUGUCAAAGAGCGAGUAUUUUCAAAUGCUUUACAAAGAAUGAUGUCACAUGCUCCUUUCAAAAUUAUCCCAAUUUCAAAAUGGAUUGAUGAGAAUCUUACAAAACAAAUUAUAAACCGUGUGAAAUGGGUUUACGAUGUUAUAGAUGUCACAUGCGAGGAGAAACAAAAAAUAUAUAAGAAGCAUGGUGGAAUCAGUGCUCCUUGUUGGAUAGAAGAAAAAGCAAUGAAGGACUGAAAAUCAUUAGUUUAUUUAUUGUUUUACGGGUUAACAUUGAAGUAUUGAAUAAAGUUGUGGAAGCUU